AUGGCAGCGACGGCCUCGGCGUCGGCUGCGUUCCCCCCCGUGGCUACGGGCGGCGACCUCGAGGACAGCAACAUUUCCAGCCCUCUCAGCGAGGUUGACGACAAGGAUGCGAACGACGAAGACAUUGAGCAUAUGCAUCUGGACAGAGAACACCUCAGUCUCGGCCCAGAAGAAAUCCGGGUCAACGACCACGGCGGAUCCGACUCUGACAGCGCCCUUUCCGACGCAGGGUCUGACGUAAACUCUGAGGCCAACGAUACCGAAGCUGAAACCCUGAGACUCUAUGACACACCGCAGGCCCAGAGGCACCGUGAUGUCGGAAUUGAGCGCUUCAAUGACGCUGAGCCCUUUGAGCACACUCCGAGCAAGCUCCGCAGGGCACUUGUCAACGGCGACGAUGACUCUGCUUCUGCCUCUGGCUCCGACAGCCACAGCCACAGAGACGAAGACGAAGAAGACGACGAAGACGAAGAGAACGAUGACAACGAACUGCCCACAAAACCUGUAAUGGUAAUUGUGAAGACCGAGGAAGAUGCCCGUCGUGACUCGCAGGAGCGGAAGCGGAAGCGAUCUGCCGCCCUUGAACAAUCCGAUCUGGAGCAGCCGGUGAGGAAACGCACAGGCUCAAUAUCGGCUGCCAACGGAGAUGCCGACGACCAUCUCGCAGUGGGAGAGGAUGACGCGACACCGGCUGCGAAUCUCCCAAGCGGAGUUCCGUCUCCUGGGGACGAAGAGGCUUCUGCCACAAAUGGAGAUACGCCGCAGGACGACGAGAUUCCCGAAGUAUUAAGAAAGACCAAGCGCAGUGGCUCCAAACGAAAAAAUGUCAUUGCAGAUGAUGCUGACAGCGAAUCUCAAGCCGAAAUUCGUGACGAGCAGAACGACACUGCUGUGGAAGACGAGCCCGAAGCCGACCACGCCGAAGAGGAAGCGGAGCCCGAAGCUGAUGAAGAGACUGACGCCGCAGCGAGGAAUCUGGAAGAGUUGGAGAAGAAGCAAGCUGCCUACCGAGAUUGGACCCAGAUCGAAGAAAUGUUUGGUAUUUUUAGGGAUCGACUUUACAAAGAUAGGCUACAGAGACUCGAGGAAGAAGAACAGUCGCUGCAUGCCCCAGAGCCUACACACCCUGAAUACCUCAAUAUGAAGCAAUGCCUUGAUGAUCGGCUAGAGCAGAAGCUGCAAGCUAUCAACAGAGAGCACGAAUACCGACUCAAAGCCCUCGAACGGCGCGCAGUGGCGCAAAGAGCUCAAAUUUGGGGCCAGUACUUCCAAGCCGUCCGAGAGAAGCGAGAAUACGCUCUGGAGGGUCUGAAUAGGCAGUGGUACGAUGUCCAGAGUUCUCGGCGAAGUGCACACAGCUUGCCAGACUAUGGCCUACUGUUCCCCAAAGAUCCUGCACAGCGUGUCAGGAAUGCGAUUGCCUACAACACCGAGGUAUCGACACUUUCCGGUCUCGCCAAAUACGAAGGUUUCCCGGCGGGACCAGAGCUUCAAGGGGCAUCUGCAUCAGAGCUGGAAGCUGAUUUGGCCGCCAUGGAACGAACCCGGCGCGUGCGACACAAGCCUUCGAUAAGCCAUCUUCGGGAGGAAUAUCAACCACCACACUUGACUCGCCUCGACCCGGCGGGAGAGCAGUUCGUCAAGAACACACCUUGGGCGAACCCAAACCACUCAAGCCAUAAGUUCUACCCGCAUCCGGUUUCGGCAGAAGCACGCCCCGAGGCUGCUGCAUCGGCUGUUCCUGCUGGUCGAACGCCUCCAAACGCGCCUCCAAACGCGCCUCCUCCUGCAGCCGACUCCAAGACAGCCCUUGACGGCCCGGGAGCAGCUCGAUCACCUGCAGCUCUCUCUGCACGACUAUCUGAAUCUCCAGAAAUGACGCGGAAUCUCUUGAACCCAGCGUCUCACCAAAUGAAACGAAUGGGCAGCAUGCCAGGACUCAGUCGCAGCUCAAAAACAGCAGCGGCUUGA